AUGAGCUGGACGGUGGCGAGCUCGGUUCUGGUGCUGCUGUGCUGGUGGGGGCUUCAAGAAGGCACCCAUGCCUGCACCUGCCUUCCGAGGCACCCCCAAGAGAUCUUUUGCCAAUCUGAUGUUGUCAUCACUGCCAAAGUUGGUAAAGUCAAGGAUGAUGGUGACUUUGACCAACCCAUCAAGUAUGACAUCGAACUUACCAGGACCUUUAAAGGCCCGGAAAGGCUCUUUCAUGCCAUCUACACCGCAUCUAGCUCUGCAGCAUGUGGAGUCAUUCUGUCCAAGGACACGGAGUAUCUAUUAAUGGCCAGAUUGCAUCCUGACGGCACUCUGCACAUUUCCUCGUGUGACUUCUAUCAGCCAUGGCGGGCUUUGACCUACACCCAAAAGAGCCUAUUGGAUCGUUACCAACAAGGCUGUAAUUGUAAGAUUGAGCCCUGCUAUUCCCUUCCGUGCGAUGUGAGCGGACCUAACGUGUGCCGGUGGACAGACUUUCUUCCGGGCGUGCACAGAGGCAACCAGACCCAAAACUACGCUUGCGCCUACGUGAAGCACAUAACCACCCGCGGCGAGAUCAGAGAGUGUCGCAACUCUCUUUCUACAUGGCAUCUCUGGAACUUGUCUAUUGACGGACGCUUCCUUCUUCCCCAGUCAGGGUACUCUGAUUGA